AGAGCUACAGAAAUGGCAGAACGUCCACAGACCUCGUCUACACACGUCACAGAGACGUCACACACUAGCUCUAUCCCUGCAGAACACAAGUGGACUCCUUACAGUGGACCCGUGCUCUUUACUGGCCCCAGCGGCCUCCGCGACUACCGGUCCAACCAGCAACCCUUCCAGCAGAUGGUUGGCGUGGGCGAGAGGUCAGCAGAGUUCACCAGCGACCUGGCCUACCUGAGCCGUCCUCCGCCAGGCACCAGCUUCCCCUUGGCCAAAAACGGCCGCAUCGGAGAGAUCGGCUGGCCAGUGGAGCAUUUCAAGAUCGUGAAAGGAAUAUGAUGAAAGUCAUCGUCAGCAGAUCAUCGAUUACCACCCAUCGGGUUUUGGGUUGAAGUUACAACAACGGAUCAGUUUGGAAGAUGUUUUUUGGGUUGUUAUUUUGUUGUUUUUUUUAUCGCGGACGCCUUUGAAAUCAACUAGCUUGAAUUGGGUCUACUACUAGACUGUUAUGUUCUUUCAAAAACAGCGGAAAAGGAAAAAGUGAGAGAUGAACCAACAAGGAACGAAUAUAAUAUACUAAAGUAAAAUGAUUUGUGUGAAUGGCUCCACUUGCAACAGUUUCUCUCUUGGAUUUAUGAAUAUUACUGCAAGCGAAUACAACAUUCUGGUUUGCGAGAUGACAAAAAUGACGUCAUUGGGACAAAUUAUCCUUGUCUGUCGACCCGCUAGUCGUAUCCAUAGAUUUAUAUUAUAUAAUAUCCUAGACUGUGCACUCUGACGUAAUUCCGAACUACCACGGAGCGCACUAUUUGAUUAUAAUAUUAUUUGGAAAUAAAAUUAAGGGCAAGGUGGGAAAAGUUGCACGCGUGCUGGACCAUAGGGAGACUGGUGCUUUGCCCUUCAUUUUCGCGCCCACGGUGCUCACCAGCACAGCAAUAAGCAAAGUUGUUUGUUUUGUUUUUUGAUUUUUUUUUGCUUUUGUCGUCUUUGGGGGGGGGGGGGUUCAUAGAGGGUGUAGCAUGUAGCUCUGUGUUAUACUUUUAGAACAGUCAUGACUCUGUUGUUAAAAAAACCCACGUUGUAACUUUAAGUAGUCAUACCACAUCAGUAUUUCUUUAAGAAUGUCAGCGUUCAUGAAAGUCUGAUUUUUUAAAUUCAUACUUUCGAGUUUUGCAAUAAAUUAUUGUUCCUUUAAGCUUUA